AUGAAUUCAAAGAAAAAUACUCAGAAUGAUUGCAAUUUGUCAUUAGAAUCUAACAUUUAAGUAGUUAUGAGGAUAAUUUUAGAUAAACAUUGAUAGUGCUGAAAACGAUGCAUUUUCAAAGAUUGAAUAUAUGUAUGUAGCCCAAAGAUUUAAUGUUUUUACAGCUUCAUCUCAUUGUGACAAUCAAAAUGUUUACUUUAUUUAUGCUAUGGAUAAUUUCAGCACAGAUAUUGAGAAGAAAAAAUCAAAGCCGUGCUUUAAAGCGAAUGCAGAAACGGAAUGCUAUUAGAGAAUUUCAUUGCCAAGCUCUUGUAGAUCAUUUAAUAUGGAGGUCAAACAAAACUUAAGUUCAACUAAUCAAAAAUUACUGUUUACGCUAAACAGGAAUUAUAAGUGCACUUGCUUAUGUGUGAAUAGGUAAACAUAAAUUCAAUGAUAUAAGACCUGAUAUCAAGGUGACAGGGUCAUCGGGUAACACAAUCGGAUAUGUUAGAUCCUCUUUAUUUUCAAUAUAAAAAACAGUUGAGAUAUUUGAUGCAAAUAAUAAUUUGUUAUUUAAUAUAAAAGGUAUUUGGAAUUAAUUCUAAACAUACUGUUAUCUACCUUGUGGUUUUUGUUAAACAAUUUCUUUUGAUAUCCUUAAUAGAUUCAAUAAAGUAAUAAAUUAUAUAUUUAGAAAAUAGCUGAGAUAAAGAAGAUCGGCUAAAAGAAGGGAUGUUGUUAUCAAUGCAUGUUGAAUGUAGAAUCGGAAUACGCAGUGCAAUUUCCUAAAUUAUCAUCUUUCGAUGAAAAAGCUCUUAUUCUCUCAGCGGUAUUCUUUUUGGAUUACAACUAUUAUGAAGAAAGAUAUAGUGACAUGUGCUGUUUAUGCUUGUAAAAGUGUUGCUGCUCCUAAUGUAUUGAAUGA